AUGUUCUCCUUCUUCUGCAUGGGCUCCGCAUUCCCGCAGCUGCUCUACGGACUGGCCGAGGGGUUCUCCUGGAGGGCGGUCGUCGUGUCCACAUCCGGGCUCGCAGUGGUCUCUGGCAUCGCGGUGUAUUCUUUCGUUGGGAUCGGGCCAUUCCCCUUCCCCUCGAGCCAGUUCGACGUCCAAAAGCUGCUGGGCGUGUGCCGCAACCGCAACGUGAUGCUGAGCAUCGCGGCGUACUGUGGCCACCAGUGGGAGCUGUUCUGCGUGUGGGCUUGGUGCGCGCAGUUUCUGGAGAACAUCCACGAUCUUUCGCACACGAGUGCGCACGUGUGGGCGUUCGUGAUCAUUUCCAUGGGUGGCCCAGGCAGCUGGCUCGGAGGCCGUUUGGGCGACAGGUACGGGCGUGUGCGCACCGCGCUCGUGAUGGUGGCAGUCAGCGGGGCGUGCACGCUCGUGCUGGGGCUGCUUGACGAUCUCUGGCCCUUUCCGGUCUGGAUCGCCAUCUGCGUGGUUUGGGGGCUGACGUCGCUGGCGGACUCCCCCAACUACUCGGCGCUGGUCACCAUCAGCGCGGAUCAGCAGAGCGUGGGAACGGCGGUCACGUUCCAGCUCUUCUGCGGGUACUUUAUCACCAUCCGGCCGUCCUGUCCCUCUGGCUGGUCCCCACGCUGUCCAGCGCCUGGUCCUGGCGCUGGUCGCUGA